CACGGCGCUCUUUGCUGCCGCCAGGCAGUCAGUGUUGCCCAUCGUGGCUGUGUGAGUUAGUGUAUCUCCGCGUGUACGUUACAGAAUACGACAUGUUGUGUAGUGUUUAAAUGAACAGACCUGAACAAUAGAUAAAUAUGAAGGAGCGGCAGCCAGACACCCUUCGCCCUCUCGCCUCUGGUACCGGACAGGAAGAGCCCGUUGACAAAUCACCGAAUUACAGCUUCCAUUUCCCUUGCCAGGAGGAAGGGCUCGGUGGCAGCAGGGCUGCUGCUGGAGUAAGGGGAAGGCUGCUGCAAGCACCUGAUCAAAGAGCAACAAGAGUUAGUCUUCCAGGAGCGUAUGGAGCGACUGACCCGCGCUGCUCGUCUCAUUUCAUGGAGAGAGGAACAGAUCUUUGCUGGGGACCUGGUGAUACAGAUUCUCGGAGAAGGUCAUACCCUUUACGUGGCAUCGCAACUGCAGGAGCUGCUUAUGGCCCAGCAUCUCGGUCUUCUUUCACGCCCCGCACCAGUAUGACCGCUCCCUUAUACCUAGAUAGAGGACGAUUUCAAGGGAUUCCCGUUUAUCAAGGCGGCUGCAUUCAUCGCAUGCCCGACAUGCAAACGUUCCAGCCAGCACCUCACCAUAGCCCUCGGCAUGAGUCUCGGAGGAGUAGGAGUCACGAACCUUCUUUUCUGAGUGAUGAUGCUCCACUAGAAUCUCUGUGCACUGCAAGUAACACCCACACUGGCUGCAAGAAGGCCUUCUUGACCGAAGCUGCUUCAUGCAGCACGCGGCUUAGUGACUCGCCGGAGACUCGCAUAACAUCUCAGACAGAACCGCAGCUGUUAGAGGGAGCGUGGAAUUAUAAUAUGUGGAGGGCUGCUCGCUCGCCCAGCUGCUGCAGCACCAACACUAUAUACGCCAACACUUCGGAUCCGGGGGUGCCGCAGCCAACUUACGAGAACGUUUUCGAGUGUUUGGUGCAUGAGGGAAGUACGCCCCCCAUACCCUCCCCGGGCUGGCCUGACGAGCCCAUCUACGCCACUCUUGGGGGACAGGUGGGGGAUGAAGGUGUAACUGAUUUCAUGGGUGAAGAGUCUCCUGAUCAGGCUGUUUUGGAGGCAUCGCAGACAGCUGCCGGAAAACACUGUCCCAGCGACGACAAGGACGCUGACUCGUCGAGUACAGAUUCUGGCGAUGAAUUCAAUCCGUCAGCUUCAACACUUACGCUGCGUCCCGGUGGUGACGGCCAGGCGUGUGAGGCCGGGGAUCAUGAGACUGAGGAGCAGAACACAACAGAGAGAGGACAUGCUCAUGCCUCAGACACGCCACCUCCACCCCUGCCUCCAAAACUCUUGAAGAAGAAACCACCAGGCCUGAAGCUGCACAUCCCUGAGACUGUUCCGGCGACAGAGGAUUAUGGUCUACAGGUUCGUUUACCGGUAGAGAGAGAUGGAAACUUGGUCUCUUCCUCCUCAGGCGUGCCUCCUGCUCCUUCCAGCCCUGGCAGCGAGACCGUGAGGCAGGAUCAGCCUGGGAACUGUCGGCAAGGGUCUCUCUACGUAGUCGUGGGUUCAUCAUCAGCGUCGUCAACAGGUGAGCCUCGCUACAAGCUUGAUUGA